CUUAUUCACGUUGGCUCUGUGCAGAAAAAUGCUGUGGCAGUAUUCCACGGCAACAAACCACCGAAUUUAUCCCCCCCAUCAAAAGCCGCAAAAAACGAAAGCGGAAUGGCACGAACAAAGGCGACUGCUCGCCGCAGGCCCACGGCUAAGGCUAUAGACCUCGAUAUUGGUCUUGAUGGUUGGUUAGGCCCUCAUCAUCCUUUGUGACAUGCAACCUGAUUUGAACCUCCACAGAUAUGUUUCCAUCAUCUUUCAUCAACUACUUUUGCUCCUUACCAUCAGCAGAUGUGACCGAGAUCUCCGAUGACGUCUCGUCCUCCGUUGAGAGGCCUAUAAAGCGGCGCAAGACAGUUAAACCCUCUGAAACCCCCUCCAUUCAUGUCGCCACGGGUUCGGUGACUCUUGCACGCCGAUGCAUCGAUGUUGCGCCCACCAAGUACACCGUUUCUCGCAAUGAUGUUGGACAAUACCUCGGAUUUUGUGUACGCGAUAACCGCCUCGUUAUCCGCUCUCAACCAGGCUCCCCCGUGGAUUCAUUCUCAGCAACCAUCUCACUUAGGCCUGAAGAUGUGACUGCGAACAUCAAAGACUUUCUUGACGCGGGUGGUUCAAGUAAAAACCAGGCCUUGCCUGGAGCACUGUGGGCACAUGCAAGUGCGAUUAUUGAGAGGCGUAAGAGGUUCGCCGAGAUCAAGCUAUUCUUCGAGGUUCAUUGGAACGAGACGUCAUCACCUUUUGACCAGCUAAGGACAAAUCGAGAACGACUCGUGAGCAAACGUUUGAUCGAUUCGGUGUUCCCCGCUCCCGGCUCAACCAACGCGCAACAGCAACGCCAGCUGGCCUGGUCUCCCAUGGAUUUUUACAAUGCCACAUUCGUCCCUCCCAAAGAUGAUAAAAUACCUAGUUCAAUCGAGAUUCCCGAGCUUGAGGCAACACUGUUCCCAUACCAGAAACGAACAUUACAGUGGCUCCUGCGGAGGGAAGGCGUUCAAUGGUCAGAGACUAGAAAAGGCGUGGACACUUACGCGGUCGAAGAAGCGAACUCCCAGGUGGAUUUGUUUCGAAAAGUGAAAGAUGCUGCUGGCGGAGAGUUCUACUUGAGUGAUAUUUUCCAGACUGUGACUCGCGACGUUACCCCUUUUCGACGGGCAGAAAUGGCUGUUCGGGGCGGCAUUUUAGCCGAGGAGAUGGGCUUGGGGAAGACAUUAGAAAUUCUCGGUCUGAUCCUUCUCCAUCCCAGGCCUAGUCCUCUGGUGUUGACGAAAGCCGAGAUCCAGGCAAACCUUGUCCCAACUGGUGCGACCCUGAUCGUCACCCCUGAAUCACUCCGAGCCCAGUGGAUAUCGGAAAUCGCUCGCCACACACCUGGGCUUAGCGUCAAGUUCUACCAAGGAUGCAAGAAGCUCACUGGGGGCGAAGAAGAAAAAGAAAUCAACGAGCUUACCGGUUACGAUAUAAUCGUCACGACUUACAGCAUCCUCACCGACGAGCUACAUUUCGCAACAACUCCCCCGGAACGAUCUCGACGAUAUGAGAGAGUGUAUCCACGGACCAAAUCCCCGCUCGUGCAAAUUUCGUGGUGGAGGGUCUGCCUUGAUGAGGCACAGAUGAUUGAGAAUGGCAUCAGUCAGGCUGCCAUAGUCGCUCGAGUGAUUCCCCGCAUAAAUGCUUGGGGAAUCACCGGUACGCCAGUCAAGGACGACGUGAAGGAUCUCUCUGGAUUGCUUCUGUUCCUCCAAUAUGAGCCAUACUGCUCGUCUUUACCGAUUUGGCAGGCACUCAUCCGAGAUCACAAGCCAAUCUUUCAGCAGCUCUUCAACAGCAUCUCACUUCGCCAUACGAAGUCGAUAGUUCGAGACGAGUUGCUAUUACCACCUCAGAAGCGCUUUGUUAUAAGCAUGCCAUUCACCGCUGUUGAGGAGCAACACUAUCAAUCGCUGUAUCGCGAUAUGGCGGAAGCUUGUGAGCUCUCUAUUGAUGGCGCGCCUAUGGUUGAAGACUGGAAACCAGAAGAGCACGAAGAGGAUAUGAGAACGUGGCUGAAUAGACUGAGACAGACUGCAUUGCAUCCUGAAGUUGCUGGAUACAACCGCAAGACCCUCGGCAACGGCAAGGCACGACCAAUGAGGACGGUAGAUGAGGUUCUCGAUGCUAUGCUUGAGCAGAGCGAGAAUACAAUCCGAGCAGACGAGAGAGCAUAUCUUUCAAGCAAAUUAACACGGGGCCAGAUGUAUGAGAAUAGCCCCAGGGUGAAAGAGGCACUGGAAAUCUGGAAAGUGGUCAGCGACGAGACUGCCAGGCUCGUCUCUGAUGCUCGAGCGGAGCUCAAAAGUCUAAUUGAAGAGCAAGGAGGAAGUGACAUGGCUGAGAAGUCGAAACCAAACGACUCUGCUGACCCCGAAGAUUCCGAGGACGAGCCGGGCGAAGGUGACAACAAGGGCCGGCUGGGUGAGAGUCGACGUAGACUCCGUGGAGCGCUUGAGAUGCAGCACAAGGCUAUCUUCUUUUGCGCCAAUGCCUAUUUCCAAAUCCGAGAUCGACCAGAUAUGACAGAACCAGAUUCUGAAGAUUUUCACCGUCUCAAAAAGCUGGAGGAUGGUGGCUACGAGGAUGCAAAAGUCAUUCGAAGAGAGAUUUUGCAUGAGAGCCACCGCAAAGCAACACGGCUAAUGGAUAAAAUUUCACAAAAGGUAUCUGAACAGACAUUCAUCGAAAUCCCGGAACUGAUGGCUGGGCUUGAAAGAGGAAUUGAAAGCGGCCGUAUUGUGGACGAUUUGGAUGCCUUGUAUGGGGAACUGAACGACCAGGCCAGCCUCAUCGAUGACUGGAGAGAGCAUGUUAUUCAGAUUCUCUUGAAACCUCUUGUUGACGAAGAGGACGAGGUCGAGACAACCGGUGAGGAACUUGGCGAGUCAGCCAAGAUUCAAGAUGAGUUGAUGGUCUACGUGCAAGCACUCCGCGCUGUUAUUGCAGAUCGCCAAGAUGCCAUGUCCGGACAAACAAAUGAGCUAAUCAAGCACGAGACGGCAACUUCUUUGAGGUUGGCACGCAACGAAGACGGCCCGGCACCUGCGAAGCUGAUUGAAUUGAUGGAACUGCGAGCGCAGCUCAAACCUAGGUCUCCAUCCAUGCGAGCCGCCAUCAGCGAAUUUCGGGGCCUGAUAUCGAGACUCGCACGAGACUCAAAUCGAGGGGUAAUCGAAGGUGAAAUUGUAGAUAAGCAACUCAAAGCGGCCCAGGCGCUUCUCAGCAAGCAGAGCAAGGCAGCUGUUGCACUAGAGGCGGAAGUUGAGAGCUUCAGGACGGCUAUGAACGCUCGUUUGGAAUAUUACCGCCAGCUCCAAGCUGUGUCGGAUAGCGUGGAGCCGUACGAAGGACCCCGAACAGAAGCCACCAUCCAGAAACUUCAGGAAACUGAGGAGAGUUUGCGCAAGAAGCUGUCUUCGGCUGAGGCCAAGCAUCGGUAUUUGCUUCAUCUUAAGCAAGCAGGAUCCAAGUCCAAUGAGCCUAGGAUGUGUGUCAUCUGCCAGACGACUUUCACGACUGGGGUCUUGACGGUGUGUGGUCACCAAUUCUGCAAAGAGUGUAUGAUGUUGUGGUUUAAUGCACAUCACAACUGCCCGGUCUGCAAAAAGAAACUCAAGACGUCCAAUUUGCACGACAUCACCAUCAAUCCUCAGCAGCUGAAAGUGCACAACGAGACUUCAGGUGAUGAGGGAAGUAAUUCGACAGAAAACAGUCCGCAAAAACGGAACUCAUUGGCCAAGAAGACGAUGAUCUACUCAGAAUUCAACUCCGAGAAACUUGCGGAAAUCCAGAACAUUACUUUGGAUGGUCCUUCGUUUACUACCAAAGUUGACACCCUGGUGAAGCACCUCAUCUGGCUUCGAGAAUCGGACCCCGGUGCAAAAUCCAUUGUAUUUUCGCAAUACAAGGGAUUUCUCAACAUUCUGCGCAACGCAUUCUCACGAUUUCGGAUAGGCCACGCAUCGAUCGACGACCCAUCCGGCAUCACCCGGUUCAAAGAGGACCCUUCAGUUGAGUGCUUCCUGCUUCACGCCAGGGCUCACUCAAGCGGUCUUAAUCUCGUCAACGCAAGCCAUGUCUUCCUAUGCGAGCCCCUCCUGAACACGGCGCUAGAGCUCCAGGCCAUUGCCCGUGUCGACCGAAUUGGGCAACAGCAUGAGACGACGGUCUGGUUAUACAUCGUAUCAGGCACCAUCGAGGAGUCCAUCUACAACCUCUCCGUUCAACGUCGCAUGGAGCACAUGGGUCGUAGCACCAAGGGCAAGUCCUUGGAGUCGACACCAGAGCUGCUGGACGCUAAUAUCGAGGCUGCCAACACGCUCGAGUUAGAGCAAGCGGCAUUGUCACGCCUGAUGAGCAAAGACAAGACGGCGGGCGAGAUGGUCGACAGGGGUGACCUAUGGGAAUGCUUGUUUGGGCACAUCGCGCGGCGAGAAAAUGCCCCAGAACGGGACACCCGUCUGCAGGAGCAGGCCGUCAUGGGGUAUCUGGCUGCUGAGGCCGCAGAGGAGCGGAGGGGUGGGAAGUCAACGUGAAUUGCUUUGAUAUGAACUUGGCCUACUUAAUGAUUUUGAUGAGACGCUUAACGGAUCUACUAGAGUAUUUUGUUAUUUUUGCUGUUUGUGCAGUCAUCUUACCUUAGAAACAUCGGACCAAAGACACUUCACACAUUUGCCA